UGGGGAGGCGGGACGUCAUGACGUCACAAUACCAACGCGCUGCCGUGUUGUUUUUGUGCUCCCAGCUCUCGGGACGGGCCGCUGGGAUUUCUCUACCUGACCCACUCUGCCCUGCGUCCGAGGGGACCCGACAUCCCUUCUGAAAGCUCUGCCACGCUGCGUUGCGACGGGAGCUGGCAUUUCUGGGGCGGUCCUGAUACCUAUCGAAAUUUGGCAGAGGGAAGGGAGACGGGAGAGACGCAGCCAUCAGCGAGGAAGGCAGGCCCCGUCCGGGGAUCUCAGAAACCCUGCGGUCCAUCAUGAAGUUCCAGUACAAGGAGGACCAUCCCUUUGAGUAUCGGAAAAAGGAAGGAGAAAAGAUCCGGAAGAAGUAUCCGGACAGGGUCCCUGGCCCGUCGUCUUUGGAACUGACCGCAUCUUUAGAGCGGAGCCUACGUUUGAGUGACUCAGCAGUAUUCAGAGGAUGUGUGAUUGUGGAGAAGGCUCCUAAGGCCAGGGUGCCUGAUCUGGACAAGAGGAAGUACCUGGUGCCUUCUGACCUCACAGUUGGCCAGUUCUACUUCUUAAUCCGGAAGAGGAUCCACCUGAGGCCUGAGGACGCCUUAUUCUUCUUUGUCAACAACACUAUCCCUCCUACUAGUGCUACCAUGGGCCAGCUCUAUGAGGACAACCAUGAGGAAGACUAUUUUCUGUAUGUGGCCUACAGUGACGAGAGUGUCUAUGGGAAAUUUUAUUUAUUUAUUCAUGAGAGACAGAGAGAGAGACAGAGGCAGAGGGAGAAGCAGGCUUCCCGCGGAGCAGGGAGCCCGAUGCGGGACUCGAUCCCAGGACCCCGGGAUCAUGACCUGAGCCGAAGGCAGACGCUUAACCGACUGAGCCACCCAGGUGUCCCUGUAUUACAUAUUUUAAACAUAUUCUCCUGUGAAGGAUGCUGCUAAUCACUGAUGUGAUGUUAGUUGAAUACAGACCUACAACUUUUCUUUCUUGUUUAAAAUGAGAAGACAAAUAAUUAAGCUAAAUCUUGUCAAUUGAAUGAGCAAGCCAUGCUUAAUUAAAUUUUGUACCAAGAACAUUCUUGUUUGUUUGCAAAGUUGCCCUUCCAUUUCUGCCAUAUGUUUAUUCAUGCAUGGUUCAUUUACAUACUAAAACCUAAGUAUCCAGGAAGAUCUUCCUUCGGAUUGGUAAUUCACAGAUAAGAUUAGCUACUUGACAGGGGGAAAUAAUUCCGCUGGUUCAACUGCUUCUCUCCUAGGACUCUUGCUUAUUAAGACAAAGUUUACUAAUAGUAAAACAGAAGAAAAAGCUGUGUUUAUUAGGAUAUUUCACCAAUUUAUUUUAUUUAUUUCAUUCACAAGUUAGUAUUCCAUAUCUAAAUUAUAUUGGUGUCUUCAUGACUUUUCCAGGAUAUGCUGAUCAAAAUAGUAUGUGCAAUUGCUUCUAAGCACUGCUUGGUCCUCACAAUAAAAUAGUCUUCUAUACUUAGUGAUAAUUUUAAAACAGGCUUUAAAAACACAAUAUCUUAGAUGAGUACCCAUCAGAAUCCUAGUUAUACUUUAUUUUGGUAUUUACUACCCUAUGUCUGUCAUACCCAAAUACAAUUUCUUCAUUUCUAGAAUAUAAUAUUUUUCUUUUUAAAUUAUUUCUCUUUUACACAAGUAAUACAUGAAUUUAUUUAUUUUACAAAAAAAGUGGGUAAGUGUAUACACUGUAAGGAGUAGAAAAGAGUCCCUUUCAUAGUCCGUACAAUACCACUUACUUCAGCAAAGACAAUUCUGUAAAUAGCUUUAUAUAUAUCAUUCUGGUUGUUUUCUAAUUGUUUACAUGUCUAAAUACUCUUUAAUAUUUCCAUCUUCCAUAUUAACAGGCUAUUGCUU